AUGCAUAUCAAGACCUUAGUCGUUGCCCUCGUGGGCGUAUCUGCCGCUGUCGAAGGCGCUGAGAUUGGACGCAGAUCUCCCUUUUCUCAGGCCUUGGAGCGACGACAGCGAGGCGGAAACGGAAAUGGUGGCGGCAAUCGAGGUGGCGGCAACAAUGGCGGCAACAACAACAACGGUGGCAACAACAACAACAACGGCGGCAAUAAUGCUCUAGUACUAAACGCCAAUGUCCAGCAGGAAGGCUCUGAAUCCGAUGGCAACAAUCCCGGAACUAAUGGUCAAGCUGCCUCAGACACUUCCAACAAUAACUUCAUCAACUUCUGCGAGGGCCAGACCUUGACCAACGGCAAGCAGAUCGGCCGUGGUUCUUGCAAUGGAAUUCCCAUGGGUGAGAUUCCAGCUACCCAAAAUAUGGUUUCUAGCAUUUUCAUCAACCCCAAGAAUGGUGACAACCUGCCGGCGAAUCAGGACUUUAAGAUUCAAGUUAAGUUGCUGAACUUGAACGCUGGUAGCUUCACCAAUGCCACAUCUACGUACUACUCUGCUCCUCAGAAGCUUGGUGCAAAUGGCAACAUCAUUGGUCACACUCAUGUCACUGUCCAAGAUACCGGCCGAGGAUCGAAUCCCACGGAACCUCUCAAUCCCACCCAGUUUGCCUUCUUCAAGGGUAUCAAUGACGCUGGUGAUGGGAGGGGCUUACUGAGUGCCGAUGUCGCUGGUGGGCUUCCAGCUGGAAACUACCGCGUGUGCAGCAUGUCAUCUUCCUCUAACCAUCAACCUGUGCUGAUGCCUGUUGCCCAGCGUGGUGCUCAGGACGACUGUGUUCGUUUCAAGGUUUCUGGACAGGGCAAUGGAGGCAACAACGGAGGCAACAACGGCGGCAAUAAUGGAGGCAACAAUGGAGGCAAUCGUGGACAGGGCAACCAGGCCGGUCAGGGCAACCAGCAGGCCGGACAAGGCAACGGCGGAGUGAACAAUGCCCAGCAGCGUCCUAACAGACAGGGUAAUAACGGACAGGCUGGCAAUGGCCGUCAACAGGCUGGACAAGCAGAACAGGCCGGCAAUGGCCGUGAACAGGCUGGCAAUGGCCGUCAACAGGCUGGACAAGCAGAACAGGCCGGCAAUGGCCGUGAACAGGCUGGCAAUGGCCGUCAACAGGCUGGACAAGCAGAACAGGCCAAACAAGCAGAGCAGGCCAAACAAGCAGAACAGGCCAAACAAGCAGGGCAGGCCGCCAAUGGCCGUGGACGAGGAGGACAGGGCGCAAACGGCAGUGGACAGGCUGGACAAGGGGGACAGGGCAGUCGUGGACAGCGAGGCCAAAAAUUGUAA